GUCCAGUUUGACGUUUCUUACGGUGGAGUGAGUGUUUCAUAACCAUGGAAAACAGCUCGUAAUGUUUUGCUCCAUUGCAGUUUGCCAUCGGAAUUAUGUCGCGAUGUAUUCUCCGUCGAGUUCAAAACUCUGUGCUUAGUUAUGUAACGCCAACUGUACAAUGUGCGAUUGCCCGCCGCUAUGGGACAGGCGAUGAUAACAACACAUCGAAAUCCACUUUGGGUCACACUUCGAUACUUGUCCAACAAGGAAGCGACAUCCAAGAGCUGCCGGCAAUUUUCCGCAAAAUUAAAAAGGACGAAAUCGCAACAAUCCUCAAUCGGGACGCUGAAACAGAACCGGAUUUGUGUGCAGCAGUGGAGGUCUCGACGAGGCCACAGGAAGUGAUUGAGCACUUGGACAACUGCCUCACGUCGACGGGGAUUCUCAGCAUAAUCAAUCAAAUACCCGAGAAAGAUCUGUGUCCGGAAAUUGCGGCGUACGCUUUCGAUAGACUCGUUCGAAACGAGACCCUGAUUGGACUGAAGAACCUGGAAAACAGUAGUGCCGUCUUCGAUAAGAUAAUCGAAUGUAUCCUGCGAAAUGGCGAUCCUAAAAUGCUCCUUGAUUUCAUGGAGUUGCUGAAGAAAUUCCUAGACCUGCAAAAGACAGUGCAACGCUUCUGCGAUGAGCUCCUGGUACGAAACUCAGACGGAAUUCUCACUGUUGUCGAGAUCUGUGAAUGCAUUGAGCGAUUUGUGGACUGCAAACAACAGGAGGCGGCUGAGAAAUUCUGGACUGGAAUCGCUGAUAAUGAGAAGCUAAUCGAUGACCAAAAUAUCAAAUUCAUCUUCAAAGUGCUGCCCAAGCUGAAAGUAAGUCGCAGACUUGUAUUGGGCGUAAUUGAGCGUGAGAUCCCUCACUUGUGGUGGAAUAUGACUCCAGAGGCAGUAUCGGAAUGCUUGGAAGCGCUUUCUGCGUGCAAUAGUUCUCCUUUCCGCACGAUGCACUCCUUCUCCCGAUGGCUAAAUACCAACAUCCAUGCUGUAAGUGAGGCUCAGUUGGAGGGCAUCGUUGGCGCCUUCACAACCUUAGACUUUUCAAAUAAUCAAAUUGAAAAGGCCCUCGAACGUUAUAUGAAAGCAAAAGGGAUCCGCGUGAAAUCGCAGUCGUUGAUUGCCACAAUCCUCAAUCACUGCAUGCGGUUUCGGAUUCGUAAUCAUCACAUCUUGAACGGGUCGAGUGAGUACGUGAUCGCAAAUGCCGACCGCCUUGACCCGUCUCUGGUGACGUCCAUGAUCGAGCCUUUUGGCUAUUUCCAUUACCAACCGGUAAACAGCAUAAAAUUCUGGCAAACCGUAGAAACCUACCUGAAGGACAACUUCAUUAAAAUCCAACCAAUGGAGUUGAUCAAGGUCUUCCUCAGUUGUUGCUACAUCCAAAUGUUCCCGCUCAAUUUUGUUUCCUCCGUCUUUAAUCCCUACUUCCUCGACCUCAUGCACUCUACAACUCCCACCCAGGGUCUCAGCAAAGUCCGAAGCGAUUUGAAGCUCAUAGACGCAUCACUAACCCUUGAGUGCCAAACCUACACUGGACCCCUUCUGCCAAGGGACCAUGUAGCAAAAUCCAUCUGGCAGGACGGUCGCAUAAAACGAGUCAUUCACGGCAUCAUCGAACACCUGGAGGAGCUAGCGGGCGGCUACGAGAACCUUACCACGAGCGUGAUAGUCGGGAAACUCCCAGUGAAUUCGCUGUACAUAAUCGACGCUCUAAUCCAUCCGCCCGGCAUUGGGAACUUUUGGUCCUACAGUGUGAGAAGCGAUCGCAAUGUCUAUGUCGCUGUCCUUGUACAUCUGCCCGAAUACUUUGACUCUACGGGCGAAUUCCUGAUCGGACCUCAGAUGAUGCGAAUACGACACUUGCGGUGUCUAGGGAUUAAGGUUGUCACAUUGAACUACGACAAAUUGAUGAAGUUGCGGAUUCAUCCGAAGAUGCUGAAGGCGUACUUAGUUGAGAGGAUGAAAAAUGCUUUGGACGCUUUGCCCUACGAAGUGAGUGGGUAGGACCUGAUUUAGCUUUAAGGAUGAGAAAAGUGUUUAGAAAUGUAUUUGAAAUAAAAUUGUUUUUA